UGUAAUGGCCGCGAGUACCUGACAUGGAAUCAGAAUAUACUGGCGGCUAGCAAACCCCUUAGAGGGUUUGCAGCAUGUGCCGCAAACCGAUCACGGAUAUGUUUAAUUUUUUACCAAAUACUCUAAUGUGCGAUUGACAUAUUACUUAAAAAUGGCCGUUAAGCGUAAAGAUUUUCAAAAGGCAGCUGCAUUUCUUCAUGAAUUUCUUCUGAAGUUAAAUGAGGAUUCAGAAUGUGCAGAGUUACGAGAUACAUUGAACCUUGCUCUUCUGCAACUGCAGAAGUAUUAUCGAUUGUUACAGAAUCGCAUUCACGAAAAGAAUGCCCAGGCAACAUCGACAUCGCUGUCACUUACAGCCAGAGGACUGAGUCCUAUGACUCCUUUCGUGGACGCACCAGACAAAUUUCAGUGGCGAUGGAUGAACUUAGAUUCGUUACGAAGCCUAACGGGAAUCAGUAACGAGGAGAGUAUAAACUUUACCAGGUUACCUCCCAUUAUACAGGCUGUCAAGGAAGGCAACUUUGAAAUGUGUGUCGAGUUAAUUCAAAAUGAUAUUUCUUGUAUAGAGGAACAAGAUGGAAUCGGACGGACAGCAUUAAUAUACGCAGUACACUUUGAUGUGUUUGACAUUUUGAAGUGCCUUUUGGAGAGUGGAGUUGAAGUCAAUGCUACAGCUCAUGAUGGAUCUACAGCACUACACCAAGCUUGCCACGAUGCCAACCACAAAGCCCUCAGCAUGUUACUACAGUAUGGAGGGGAUUUCACUAUGCAGGACACACAGGGGCGUGCCCCCAUCCACUGGGCCGUCACAACCAAAAGUACCGAGUGCCUCAAGUACCUGAUUGGCCACAACGCGGAUGUGAAUUCACGAGACAAGGAUGGGUUAUCUCCCUGUAUGUGGGCGUGUCGACUAGACCACAUCAAACACUUUGAGCUUCUCAGCUCCUCUUCCAACUUCAAUGUGGACGAUGCUGACGGGAUAGAGAGAGACAACAAUGGCCGCACAUGGAUGCACUGGUCCAUUAGGCGAUCAGAACCCUUAGAGUGUCUACAGACAUUGUUGACCCAGGAGACGGCAGCUAUAAGGGAUGAGGAUGGCAAAACAGUACUGCUUCUAGCCGCAGAAAUGGGCUCACUGCUGGCGUGUAAAAUCAUCGUCGAGAUUGGUGGUAACGACUGUAUAUAUGAUAGAGAUAAUCAGGAACGAACGGCGCUCCAUCUGGCAUCUGUAGGGGGACACGGGGACAUCGUCAACUACCUACUGGACCACGGAGCUGAUUUGUCAGCCAUAGACAAGUUCAGUGCCAACGCCUGGGACUACGCCAAGAACCGCCAGCUACACUAUGUGCAGCUUAUUAUUAUGUCCCACCAGCGACAGCGGCUCCAGAGCAACCCCACAUCCCCGAUCCCGAACGGGCUUGGCUUCUCUCUCAUGUCCACCAACGGUUUCAUGGGCACGCUCGGCUCCAUGAACGGGGAUCACAAUGGCAACGAGUACGAACACAUGAUUAAUACGGGAGGUAGUUUUGAUAGUAUGCCUAUCACCCCACCCCACCCCCCUAAGCGGCCUCGGACUGAGAGGCGGGGAAUCCGUACACCCAUGCGGCGGUCGACGAGUCUGGUGAGUGCUCCAGAGAGGGAGCCAUCUUUUGUGCAGUCUCCAGAAGAUCGCUAUACUUCCAGUGCAGGAGGGGAGCUUAACCGACGCAAGGAGAGACUUGACGUCUCUGUCAACACCAGGAAUACCCCAGACAUACUUCCUGUUCACGGUGACGACGUUCCUAUGGUCACAGAUGACAACCAUGAGGACGAGAUAGACGACGUGAGCGCUGGAGGAAUGGAUGUGUCUGAUAUAGAUGAUGACGAUGAGGAAGGCCCACCUCAAACGUCCAGACUCCCUCGCCGACAGGAACAGAUUCAACCACGCCCACCUCCUCGGCAACAGCCACAGCAGCAGCAGCAGCAGCAGCAGCCCCAGCCUCAGCAGCAGCAGCAGCAGCAACGCCCCUCCAAACCUUUAUAUGCUCAGCCACUCGAACCUCAAUACAACCGAAAAUCUAACCAGGGAUUCCCGCAGGACGGGAAUCGGGAUUACCGGGACCCUCAGGAGAACCGAGACUACAGGGAAGCACAACGACAACAACAACAACCACCCUCUCCUCCCAAGUUCCCCCUCAGCAGCAACACAAGAGUUAUCUCCCCUCACUUUAAUCAGUCCAUGAACCCGUCCGAGAGCUUCCCACCCAGUCGACCUCGCCCUGCCCCUCGUCAGCCACAGCCACUACGUAACACGCCCCCCAGGCCCCCACCUCCACGCCCCACCCCCUCACCAGCUCGACCAAGCUCUGGGGCACGUGACCAGUUGCAGAGUCCACCCACAACGGACCAGAUGAGGCCAACCCCGCCUCCAACACAGGAUCCUAACCGCCCAAAUUCUUCAGGGUCCAGACAACCAGGUGUGGGUGUGGUGGAGGGUAGGCGCAUACCACCGCCAAUGUUGACACCCCUGGAGAAUGCCCCUGUUCCCCCCUCAGUAACUAAGAUGGAGAAAAGGGAGAAGAAGAAGAAAAGAAAGAGGAAAGAACGAGAAAGGGAGAAAGACAAAGAACGAGAAGCAGAUCUAAAAUCUCCUCCAAUGGACCUGGAGCCUCCCAGGGGUUACGCUGCACCCCUACAUCCUCCUCCGUCAGCCACUGUCCGACAACAGAGGGCGCAGUCCGGCGUACCUGCCCCACGCUUCUCAAAACAACCACCACAACGACACGAAUCCAGAUAUGUGGAUGAAAACAUGGACGAUGACCACAGUAAGGAGGAGGAAAGCAGCAGUAAGGACCCUCCCGUCGUCAAUGGUUACGCCGUCCCAAUGAGGGAAGGACCAGCUCGAUCAGCCAGGCCAGGACAAAGCCGUCUCCAGCCAAUGGAGAGUGAAGAAUAUGAGGACGACCCAGACCACGAAGACGAGCCUAGUGACAACAGGGACCAUAGCGACCAUCGGGACCAUGGCGACCAUCAGGACCAUAGCGACCAGAGGGACCAUAGUGACCACAACGACCAGAGGGACCAUCGAGACUACAGAGAUCACCGGGAGCAGGGUGGUCACCAUGACUACCGGGAUGAAGAUGACCAUGGUGACGUUAACAGACAGGAAGUGAUAGAUGAGGAAGAGGAUGCUGGGCCACUCAUACCUCCUCCCCAGGGCUUCAGGGGAGGUAACUCACGCCCAAGCAGACCUCUUGUCUCCCAGUCAAUUCCACAGGACAGUCGCAGUUCCAGGAUGAUUCCAACCAGUGCUAAGCCACCCCUCCCCAUUGGUGGGCGGAGCAGAGAUAGCUCUUUAUCCAGUCGUCGGCACAAGAGCCCCUCCCCCUCCCGCCGGUCACGCCCACACUCAGGCCGAUCCAGCAGCUCUUCAUAACCACGCCCACCUUUUCGAUCAGCUACACCUGCACAACUCGUCCAGCUCCAAAGAUUUUCUGGGAUCAGUGACCGUAUAUAUGCCUAAGUCCGUUCUAUUGCACCCCCUUCGUCUCCGAAUCUAGGAAAUCAUUUCGUAACACGAGGAAAUUUAAAUGGUUACUGUAAAUUAACCCUUACAGAAACAUUCAAUCUCUGGCAUAGCAUUGAAGCGAUAUGGCUGCGUGUUCAGAUUUCAAAUGCAAAUUAGGUUUCUGGCGAUAUCACCAUAAUGGUCUGGCACAUGAGUGGCAAUAUCGCCGCAGAGUUUUGGCGAUGUUGUGGCGAUACUCACUCCAAUGCUCUAAAAGCCUCACUAGGUUCUGGUGCAGUUGUGACGAUAUCCUCAGAAUGUUCUGGUGCAGUUGUGACGAUAUCGCCAGAAUGUUCUGGUGUAGUUGUGACGAUAUCCUCAGAAUGUUCUGAUCAGUUGUGACGAUAUCCUCAGAAUGUUCCGGUGCAGUUGUGACGAUAUCGCCAGAGUGUUCUGGUGCAGUUGUGGCGAUAUCCCCAGAAUGUUCUGGUGCAGUUGUGACAAUAUCCCCAGAAUGUUCCGGUGCAGUUGUGACGAUAUCACCAGAAUGUCACCAGAAUGUUCCUGUGCAACUGUGACAAUAUCCCCAGAAUGUUCUGGUGCAGUUGCGGCGAUAUCACCAGAAUGUCACCAGAAUGUUCCGGUGCAGCUGUGACGAUAUUUCCAGAACGUCACCAAAAUGUUCUGGUGCAGCAAAAGCGGCGAUAUCGCUGGAAUGUUUUGGUGAAGAUGUGAUGAUAUCGCUAAUGUGAAAAGGUCUUGAAGAUAAAUGCAUACAGAUAGUAUUUCGUGAUAUAUUAUUACGAGAAACUGAAAUACUCUAUUUGCCCUGCACCAACAUUGUGCAUGUACCAUACUAUUGUAUCAAUACUGUGGAUUUAUAUAACCACUGAAUCGAAGGAGAUACAAACAGAGGCUUUAGGCACUGAAGCUGGUGACAAGCUCCAAUACAGUAACAUAGUUCAAGGGAGUUAAUCCUGAAGUCAUGUGUAUACCCUGACACUUUCGAUGUUCAAUAAUAUUCCUGGAAUAUUACCAUGGAAUAUUACGGUGGAAUAUAAGAGUAUACAUGUACUGUCUGACUCCGCAAAAUCAUGUGUCAACGAAAUCUUAUGCAGUAUGUUUUAGUGAUUUUCUGGUGGUUAAUGUUGACGGGAGAUUGCAAGUAGUGUUUAAAGUACAACAACAGCACUGACGAACACUAUUUAUAAAGACAGAUUUCCUGUUUGAGAGUGGGACGACAUAUACGAAAUGUUUGUAAUUCGAUUCUAACUUAUGACUGUAGUGAGUUUUUCUCAAUACUCAAAAAUCAACUGAUUUCACCUUUUGUGCCAAGACUUCAUGUUUUCUUAUUUUCUUUGCAUUCUCCAAGUUACCCCUUUUAAAGUCUCUCAGACUCUCGUGGGGUUUUAUUCACCGGAAUUGAGAACACGAGAUCUUAUUGAUCCUUGAAUUGAAAUCCUCCGAGUAGUAAAAUGUAUACAACCAUAAUUGCAAAAACAAUGUGACUUAAGGAUCCCCGUACCACUGUCAGAAACUGUAACCAAAUACUGUGUAUAGGAAACGGGUUUUUCCGGCAUGACUUUUAUUUUAAUAAAUCAUUUCUGAAAAGAAAACCAUACUUUGCAGGACUUUCAGGAGAAAAUAAAGAUUAGAUAAACAAAUAUAAUCAACAACAGUGUUCGGAGUGUAAAACGUUUUGGGGGCUAAACCGGGAUUCAAAACCCUUGGACUUCACAUUGUUAUAGUAUUGCUCCAACCGAUUUGGCUAUCUGGUCGACAGAAGUUUCCUAGUCCAACUGAAUCAGUAGAAUUAUAUCCAAAUGGUAGUUAAGGGGAGGUAAGUCGGUAGGCUAAAAUUGCAUCAGUCAUUAUAAUCAGUGGUGACUAGAGGCUUUCGAGGGUAACUUGGAGAAUGCUGGAUGGUCUUGUGAUGUAAGUUUAACUGCUUUUACAAAUUACGAGCUUCUAUGAGAGCAAUAAUCUACUUUUCUGCUUGUUCUGUGAUGUGAACUGAUCAAAAGACUUGCAAUCUUUUUGAUGUGUACUAUUUGUCAGGGAGUUUAAACCUCCUGGACUUUUUUUAAAAUUUAAUUCAAAAAUUAAUAUUUUGACCACUAUUUUUUGUGAUGUGUGUGAAAAAUAUACUUAUUAAACUGAUUUUGAAUGCUUGUUUGCAGGAUGUCGAAAAAGGAAAUCCUGCAUAUUUAUUAAGUGCCAGUUUACCAGUAAAUUGUUUAAUCAUUAUUCUUCGUGAUCCAUUAACAGAGAAUUCGUGACAUUGCCAACCUGCUUGCAUCACAUAUCUGUGUUUGUAUAUAGGGUAUGCAUAUUUCUGAGACAGGGAGACUGUUUGGUAUAAAACAUACCUUAUCCCUUUGACCCCUAUGUAACUUUAGUAGACUCUACCAUGCAUUGAUAUGGAUGAGUCCAUUAUGGUCUACAGUGGUGAAAGGGUUAUUCUGAUAAAUACAAUAGCACUGGCCACAAAUUCGAGCAACUUAUAAUGACGGAAUAUUGUUGAGUUUAAUACACACUGGGUAUUUUAUUUCGAUAAAUAAAUAAGUAUUGGUCAUAAUCGGUUCGGCUUAUAACAUUGCCAUGCAACAUAUUUAAGGCUGCAACGAUUCAUCACCAUGACGAUACGAUACAUAUCACAAUACGUAUAGUAACAGUAGAAGAAAAGAGAAAAGAUAUGUUGCAAGUUUUUUAAUGGCAAUAUUACAACUACAAAUAGACUUGGUCCAAAAUGGGCAUGACUUUAAAGUUUCACGCAAUUCACGUCUUUCGACGUGCAUGCCGAGCUGUAGCUGUCACCCGCCAUGUUGGAACCGAUAUGAGUAGACUAGAUUCAGAAACUCUGACAAAAUCCAGAAAAUAUUGUAUAUGUAUCGCACCCUCCCAAAAAAAUAUUGGUGUAUCUUACCGUAUUCAAAAUACCGCGAUGUAUCGUCGAACAUAUCCUUGCAGCCCAAUAACAUAAAUUGAACUUUUAAUUAUAACGUCUUCUCCGGUAGAACAUAUACUUCUAUCUUGUUCUUUCCUACACCUGUACACUGUACACAAUGUUUGCAUAUUAAUCAUUUAAGGGGAGAAGUGAUAAAAAUCCUCAUAAUGGCAUUUUGUGAAUUGGAGCUUUAAGUUCGUCUGGCUUGUACUGUGCUACAUUUUGCGAGACACUUAUUUCGCGCACAAAUCCACAAGGAUGGAUUACGAAUAUUUGUUUAUACCGUAUAGUUAUUGUUCUUUUUCGUAAAUUUAAAAUCUUACAAAAUAGUUUUGUGCAGCACAUUCCCAGAAACGAGUAUUUCACAAUUUACUGAUUUUGAGGUCUUGCAUUUUUUAUUUUAAUUUCCGUCCAUGCAGUACCCCUGUUACGUUACCUGAUAGAGUUAGUACAUGUCUUGUUUAAAUAUUUAUUUAUACAUGUCUAUUAAUUAUACAUUUAUAUUUUAACAUUUAAAGUCCAUCGUAUAUAACAAUUUUUACUCUCGUCCAGGUUGUGAAUCCGUCCAUUUACGUAAUGUACGUCUGUAGAAUUAUCCAAUAUUUAUAUGUUUGUAUAUGUUGUCUUAGCUCUCAAGAAAAUCGUUUUAAAUUGUCAUUUUUUUUUGUUUGUUUUUUUAUUUUUCACUUAAAAUCAUUCCAUAUGUGAUGUUAAGGUUGUUUAAUAAAUGUUAACAAUUUAACUCAUAUCAUUUCAAUGUGUACCUGUCUAUUAUAUUCAGACUGUACCAUGCAUGCUCUUAUACCAUUCGUCUCUAACAGUUAGGUUCUUCAAAUCUCUUCAGGUAGAAUAGCUCAGAUCAACAAUCCUUUAAAAAACACUUCAGGAUAACAACUUUUAAAAGUUUUAAUCAUUAACCGUGCUAAAUUGCUUCCCACCCUCACCCUGUACAUCUUGUUCUAUCGAAAAUUUGCUGCCCAAAUUCUUCUCAGAAUGACUUGCUAAUUUUUCUGCUCCUUCAUUCUGAACAAUUUGUUCUGGAAUAGCCAUUAGAUUAUCAAGUCCAUGCUAAGGAGGUUUUAACACUUUUUUUUCAUGAUAACCAGUUCCGUAAAUCUUGACCCUGACGUCUACAGGAACUAUGAACACAGUUUUGGCAAGUUUGAAAUUUAUUCUUGAUAUCUGUCCCCAUAAUCAUAAAACAACUUAGAUUUAAGUCAUUUGAGUGUUGGUGCCAUAUUAAUAUAAGUAUUUGGUCUAAUUUCCAAGAGGAAUAUUUUAUUUAAAUAUUAUUUAUGUUAUUUACCAUUGAAAAUUUGACUUAUAAUUAAGUUUGUUUCUUGAUCCUUGUCGGGUUGAUCUUUUGGACGGUUGUCGUUUGAUUCUCGUGACUUGUGGUUGAUCUUUUGAACGUUUGUGGCGUUACCGUGGUAACGUCGAUAGUGACCACACAGGGAUGUGAUUGGCCAUCUUUUAUGCUGCACUCGGCUGUGAUCCUAUGUUUCUUGAUAUUACAUAUUUAUGCCUUUUGACCUCAGGUACUGCCCCGUGUCCCGCUAAUAUUUCACCGAUUCAUUUGAAAUCAGAUCAGCUGGUAUGCAUUUCAACAGGCAUAUCAUCUGUUUGUGGUUUGGCAGAAAUACCUGUAUAUAAAAAUAUUUAUUUCUCUGAUUUGUAAAUUUUGCUAAAUUAAAAUUUGUUUUGAAGAAAUUUUAACCGACUAUUUCUUCUUGAAAAAUUUGACGCGAGUCCCGUUGCCACCUGUACUAUUUAUAUAUUACAUCUGUGAUACUGUUAAGUAAAUACGUUACACUGUUGUUUAGCUAGCACUUAAUAAAAUGUCUACUAAAUUGUAAUACAUUUUCCAUUUUCAUACUAGUUUGUGUGGUGCCAUUUCCCAUCUAUUUAUGCUUGUAUCUUUCAAGAGAAUUUUUUUCUUCUUUUUUAUGUCCGUUCAAAUUUGUCUGCAUGUCAAGACCAGUUUGUAGAUAUGUUAUAUAAACGCUGAUGUCAGAUUUGUUUAUUAUUUUAUCAUGGGUACUGAA